AUGGAGAAGCGAGCACAAUUUCGUGAGGACAACGAUGAUGAACGCAGCCGCGCGGCGCAACGGACGAUGGCCGCAGAACACCGAUGGGGUGCCAACGAACAGCAAACAUCUGCAAGGUGCACAGUACAGGUGCACAAUGACGACGGCGUCAUCCUCACUUACACGCAGGCGCAGACGAGCGGGAAAAUGAAUGUGGCACAACUCUGCGGUUCCGUGAGCGGCCAGCGGGCGGUUGCGCUGGACAUUGUGUGCAUGUACGAGCAGCCGCGAUGGCUGACGGUUGAGGAGUCGCGGGAGCUGCUGGAGAAGGAGGCGGUGGCGCUGUCGCACACAAAGGCGAAGAAGGCGCGGAGAAAGGCACGCAAGGAGGCAGAGCAGGAAGAGGAUGAUAAGGAUGGUGAUGAGGAUGGCGAGGACGAUAAGGCUGAGGAGAAGGACUCCAAGAAGACAGGGAAGAAGAAAAACAAGGGCAAGGCAAAGGGCAACAAGGGCAAGGGCAACAAGCACGGCAAAGACACCACCAGCACCGACGACGACGAUGCGAAUGGCGAUGAUGACGAAGACAAGAAGAGCGAAGGCGACGUGCUGGAAGUGAGCACGACGCAACUCGACGGCCCCUGUGACAUCAUGCACCUCCUGCGAACAGCAGAGGCGCUUCCCCUCACCCUUCACGCCCACAGAGACAAGCGGCUUCAGAUUAUGCGCGCGUCCUCGGGCAAGUACCUGAGCCGCACCCCCGACAUGCUGCUCCGCCUGACCAUGGCAUACCUGCUUGGCCUGCACCACGUCAACCUCACGCUGCUGUGGGCCGACGCGAAGAAGGCGCUUGGCGAGUUUGCCCGCUACCGCCCGCUAGUGCUGUGGACGCUCUUUGAGGACAAGUUCAUGCGCGUGCUUGACGCGAGCGUGGAGAUGGGCGAGAUCAUGACGGAGCAGGCGCGCACCAUUGGCCAGCAGCAGGUGACAGACUCGGCACACCGCAUCGUCGACGACCGCUUGGACGUGCUGUCGUUCCGGUGUCUGGUGCACCCGCUGGAGCAUCGCAUCAACCUUCUGCAGAAGCCGGACUGGGACAACAACAUGACGCAGGUUGCAGACCGGUUUGUCAACGCCGUGUGCCCGCAACCGCGCGUUGAUGUGCUCAAGCUGAUGCAAACCUUUGCCGAGCUCGCCAACACCUGGCCCCUCCUCACCGAGCAAAAGCACAGGUGCACGCUGGUUGAGAAGUUCCUCCAGCUGCACGACGACUACCUGGUGGUUGAAGAGGGAGCAGGAAAACUGCAGGACAUUUCCGUCGCAAACGCCGGCCUCGCGGGCAUUUCGAUGCAGUCGCUCGGCAUUGAGGAUCUUGGCGGCGACCUCGACAAUCUCAGUGACGAUGAGAGCGUCAGCAAUGACGACGACGAGGAGGACAAUGAUGACCGGCGCCGGAAGCGCAGCGCGAUGCAGCACGACGGCCGUGGUGGUCGUGGUGGUCGUGGUGGUCGUGGUCGUGGUGGUCGUGGUCGUGGUGGUCGUGGCCGUGGCCGUGGUCGUGGUCGUGGUCGUGGUCGUGGCCGUGGUCGUGGCCGUGGUCGUGGUCGUGGCCGUGGUGGUCGUGAUAGCAAGCGCCCAAAGCGGGAGGAUGACACUUCUAACGACAACCCUGACGAUGAUGACACGAAGCGCGAUGGUGCCGACGCCACCAACGAUGGCGACGAUGCUGUGCAGGCGUAUGAUCCAACGGCGGCUGCGCGUCGUCGCGUGUUCUGGCGGCGGCGGCGGUUCUGGCGGCGGCGGCGGCAGAAGCGCGGAAAGGCGCUGAUGGAGUGGGAGCGCCUGCAGGCGAUUGUGCACAACUUCCUGCACCACUCUGACGCGAACAUCCGCGCCAACGCCCUCAAGGCAAGCGCUUCGUUCAGCCGCGUGGUGCGCAAGUACCUGGAGCCCAUGAUGGCUGUCAACACGGAGAUGGGGCCCCAGCUCACAGAGCGCUUGAAGACAUUCAGCGUCGCCUCCCCAGCCGUCGUAGCACCGGAGCAUGUUGAAGAGGUGACAACCGUGUUCUUCCGGCUGCUACAGGCCAAGAUGUUUGCGCGCAAGGGCAAGUCCCAGAAGUACUCGCCCAAGAUGAUCCGCAAGCUCAGCAUCCGCCGCCUCUGCAGCCUCUACAACUUCUUCAACGCGAAAUUGCUGGAGCCGUUUGCGAGCGCGGUGCACGAGCACGUGAUUGGGCCGCAGGUGGCGUCGCUGUAUCACGAAUGCUCAAACGCCGUCCACGUGGAGCGGGGAUCCGAAAAUGCACCGCAUGAACAACACGGGACGAUGGAGCGGUGGGACCAGCCCGAGGACAUUCAAGAGCUGGGGAAAUCGACGCACGACUUGAUCCGCGGCAUUAUCGGGGCGAAGCACAUAUCCAGCGCCAUGAGCGAAGAGAAGCACAAGGUGUCGGCCAAGCGUGCUGUCAGACACCAGCGCGAGCAACAAGAGCUCAUCACAAACCCGAAAAAGGCGCUGCGGCGCAAAGCGCGAUCGCACGAGCUCAAGCGGGAUGCGCGCCGGCGCAAGAACGCGGGCAUUGGCGGCAUGCCCAUCAACCCCGUGGAGCUCAAGAAGCUGCACAACAAGCGGCGCGAGCACAACCGGAAGCUCAACCUCAUGGACGAAUAG